GCGGGUUUUUGUGCACGCUAGUGCGAGAACGUUUUAAUUGGUCAGUUGCGCGCGGCCCCCCGCAGGAAGUGUUUGUGAGUAGGAGCAACAGCGUCACAAAGCUAAAAUAAAAUUAUGGAAGGACGAGGUAAAAAAUUAGUGCAGUUGGUUCUAUUAGACAAAGAAAGCCAUGACGAAUGUGAAGUCAGGGAUAUAGAGCCAACUUUAUCGAUAGCACCGAGAUCUCCUUCCAUUUUAAAAUCUCAUGAUGGUGAUUUAAUAAAACAUUCCAUUACGAAUGCUGUUGAAUCUUCAAACAUCCGUGAUGAUAAAACUCAGCCUAUUAGAGUUUCCGACGAUGGAAACUCAUCUGGACAUGCCUUUUCUGGAACCGAUGAAGAGCAAUAUGUACCUAAACCAUCAUCUAGCUCAAAUAUUAGUAUAAAUGCUGUUGAAUCUUCAAGCAUCCAUAAUGAUCAAACUCUGCCCAUAAGAGUUUCCUACAGUGAAAACUCAUCUGAACAAGACUUUUCUGGAACUGAUGAUGAUGAGCAAUAUGUGCCUAAUCCGUCAACUAACUCGCAUAGUAGUAGUAGCUCUAGCAGCAGCUCUAGCAACAGCUCAGAAAGUUCUUCGUCAUCGGAAUCUGACCAUGAAACGCUUACCACUGGAAAUAUCAACCAAGAGUCCGGACCAUCGACCAUUAAACGUAGUAGAAAACUUAGGCCAAUUACAAAGGCAGCGUGA